GUUACAAAAUGACAGUUAAUGCGUGCAUUGUUAAUAGGUUGGAAUUUAAACAUGCUUUAAUACAUUAAUUUGGAACAAAUACAAUUAAAAUUUUAUUAAUGCCAGGCACCACACACGCACACACACAUGCAUUGUGGCCAUCAGCUGACUGUGCGCAACCUUAGCCAUCAGGUGGCAACUCUAACGCCGCAAUCUGCAUGUAAUUUCAACAGACUGAGCAACACAGCGUUACGUAUUCGAAGCGGCAUAGGAAAAAGGGGACUACACAAAGUGCCUAGGAAUUAUGUUCAAAAGUCUGCAACAUGUGAGAAAUGUGCUGCAACGUGGACCCCACUAUAUAACGCACUGUUACCGGAAUGCGUCGCUUAUCAAGGAUGCCAACGGCCUGGCUACUACAUUGGCCGCAGCGACCGGCAUUGGUCUGGGCGGUGUACGAAGGCAGCUUGCAACUUUGCCGCUUAGUCGGCGACAGUUCCGUCAGCUGCACGCCGAGUACAAGGCCAUUGUCGGCGUGAUAGCGCGCUCGCUGCAAGUGACGCCGCGUGAGGUGCAGCAAAUGUACUUGCGUUUGAUGUGUACGGGCAAUCCGGAGAGACCAGGCGGUCCAAGCAAGGACAAUACCAGCAGUAGCAAACCUUCCAAGCCCACAAAGUCAGAGUCCAAAGAAAGUGAUGAAACGGCGGCGGAACGUACCACCACCAGUAGCAGUAGAGCUAGCACUGAACCGUCUACCAGUGGCGGUGCCAGUAGUAGCAGCAGCGGUUCACCGUCCAGUUCCAGCGAGGAGCCUAACAAAAACAACGAGAAUGAGGAGAAAAUGCGCUCGGUUCUGACCAAAGCGGUGCUCUGGCUCUUCACUAUCUAUAUGUUUGUGGCUUUAAUAUCCCUGCUGAUUACACCUCGCUCGGAGCAACCAGAGGGCUCAACGCGUUAUGUGUCUUGGAAUGAGUUUGUGCAUCACAUGCUUGCUGUGGGCGAGGUUAAGGAGUUGAUCAUACGCCCUGAUAUGGAAAUGGUUACCAUUAUAUUGCACGAGGGUGCUAUCAUAAAAGGGCGCAAAGUCACAUCAACCAUCUUUCAUAUGGCCGUUGCCGAUGCUAAUAAAUUUGAGGAGAAGCUGCGCGAAGUGGAGAAGCGUCUGGGUAUUACGGAUGGUGUGCCUGUCACCUACGAUCGGCAAACAGAUACCACAGGUCGUAUUCUUAUGCUAUUACUUUUUUGUGCGCUGCUCAUGUCUAUAGCCACGCGUAUGCGCAGCAUGAAGAGCCCCUUAAGUAUGGAUUCCUUUAAUCAAAUGGGUCGCGCCAAAUUCACUCUCGUGGAUCCCUUCGAUGGCGGCCGUGGCGUUCUCUUUCGCGAUGUCGCUGGCUUAAAUGAGGCUAAGCAGGAAGUUAAAGAGUUUGUGGACUAUUUAAAAUCACCGGAAAAGUAUCAGCGCCUGGGCGCAAAGGUGCCGCGGGGAGCUUUACUGUUGGGUCCACCUGGAUGCGGUAAAACCCUCCUGGCUAAGGCAGUGGCUACUGAAGCUCAAGUGCCGUUCCUCAGUAUGAACGGAUCCGAGUUCAUUGAGAUGAUCGGCGGUCUGGGUGCAGCACGUGUGCGCGAUUUGUUCAAGGAGGGCAAGAAGCGUGCGCCGUGCAUCAUUUAUAUAGACGAGAUCGAUGCAAUAGGCCGACAGCGAUCCGGUACCGAAAGCAUGGGCCAGGGAAGCUCUGGCGAAUCAGAACAAACAUUGAAUCAACUAUUGGUCGAAAUGGAUGGCAUGGCCACCAAGGAGGGCGUUCUUAUGUUGGCGAGCACGAAUCGUGCUGACAUACUGGAUAAGGCCCUCCUGCGACCAGGUCGCUUUGAUCGUCACAUUCUUAUAGACCUGCCCACCCUGCAGGAGCGCAAGGAGAUCUUCGAGAAGCAUUUAUCAUCUGUAAAGCUGGAGGCAGCGGCUAAUACGUACACACAGCGCUUAGCGCGCCUGACGCCUGGCUUUUCUGGUGCCGAUAUAGCCAAUGUAUGUAACGAGGCUGCGUUGCACGCUGCGCGUAGUAUGCAAACCGUGGUGACCAGCAAAAAUCUGGAAUAUGCCGUUGAACGAUUAGUGGGUGGCACAGAGAAGCGUUCGCAUGCUUUGUCGUUGGCCGAGCGCAAGGUGAUUGCCUACCAUGAGUCUGGCCAUGCAUUAGUCGGCUGGAUGCUGCCCAACUCAGAUAUAUUGCUCAAGGUGACAAUUGUGCCACGCACGAGCCUGGCGUUGGGUUUUGCGCAAUAUACACCCAGUGAGCAGCAUCUCUAUAGUAAGGAAGAGCUCUUCGAUAAGAUGUGCAUGGCAUUGGGCGGUCGGGCGGCAGAGAAUCUGGUGUUCAAUCGUAUUACGACAGGCGCGCAAAACGAUCUGGAGAAAGUGACAAAGAUAGCCUACUCGCAAAUCAAAAAGUUUGGUAUGAAUGAAAAUAUUGGACCCAUGUAUGUGCGAGAUUCAGAGGAAACUGGCGGUAGUGGCACUGAUAAGCCCUUUUCAAGAGCAAUGGAGAGCAUGAUCGACCAUGAAGCACGCCAUAUGGUUGCGAAUGCAUAUAUGACCACCGAGGGCAUACUCACAAAGCAUCGCGACAAGCUCGAGAAGCUGGCCGAGGCCCUACUCGAAAGGGAAACUCUGGACUAUGAUGAAGUUGUUGAUCUGAUAGGACCACCGCCCUAUGAUCCCGCCAAGCGUCGAGUGGAUGGCGUUGAAUUCGAGCAAUCGCUUAAGAAUCUGAGCAAUGAUGCGCCAAAAGCUUGAAAGCAUCUCUGUAAGCUCGGUGUUCUUUUCACUUUGCGUUUGCCUGUGUGUGUGUGUGUUUCUGCGUGCGCAUUAGUUAAAUGUAAAUAAAGUUGUUUACCUUUUUAAUUGAA